AUGCACUGUGUCCUGUUGCUGGGAGCCUUGUGCGUUUUCCUGUUUUCCCGAGUGCUUCCAGUCCACCCUCUUCAGGAAGUGCACGUGAACAGGGAGACCCUUGGGAAGAUUUCAGCUGCCAGCAAAAUGAUGCGCUGCUCGGCGGCAGUGGACGUCCUGUUUCUGUUGGAUGGCUCACACAGCGUCGGGAAAGCAGGCUUUGAAAGGUCCAAGCACUUUGCCAUCACCCUCUGUGAUGCCCUGGACAUCAGCCCCAACAGAGUCCGAGUGGGAGCCCUGCAGUUUGGUUCUGCUCCUCAUCUGGAAUUCCCCUUGGAUGCGUUUCCCACCAGACAGGAAGUGAAGGCAGAAAUCAAAAGGAUGGUUUUCAAAGGUGGGCGCACAGAGACGGGCCUCGCUUUGAAAUACCUUCUGCAUGGUGGCCUCCCCGGGGGCAGAAAUGGCUCUGUGCCCCAGCUCCUCAUCAUUGUCACAGAUGGGAAGUCCCAGGGACAGGUGGCACUGCCGGCCAAGCAGCUGAAAGAGAGGGGCAUCACUGUGUUUGCUGUGGGGGUCCGGUUUCCCAGGUGGGAGGAGCUGCACACCCUGGCCAGCGAGCCUUGGGAGCAACACGUGCUGUUGGCAGAACAAGCGGAUGACGCGACCAACGGCCUGCUCAGCACCCUCGCCCAUUCUGCCCUGUGCACCAUCCAUGCUCCAGACUGCCGGGUGGAGGCCCACCCCUGUGAACGCAGAACGUUGCAGACGGUCAGAGAGCUCGCUGGCAGCGCCCCCUGCUGGAGAGGCUCCCGACGGACGGACGCUGUGAUGGCUGCACACUGUCCCUUCUACAGCUGGAAGAGAGUGUUCCUGUCUCACCCUGCCACCUGCUACAGGACCAUCUGCCCAGGCCCCUGUGAUGUCCAUCCCUGCCAAAAUGGAGGCACGUGUGUUCCAGAAGGGCCAGACAGAUACCACUGCCUCUGCCCACCGGCCUUUGCAGGAGAAGCCAACUGUGCCCCAAAGCUGAGCCUGGAAUGCCGAAUCGAUGUCCUCUUCCUGCUGGAUAGCUCCGCGGGCACCAGCCUGGAGGGCUUCAUGCGUGCAAAGGCCUUCGUGAAGCGGUUUGCCCAGGCCGUGCUAAGCGAGGACUCCCCGGCCCGCGUGGGCGUGGCCUGGUACAGCAGGGAGCUGGUGGUGGUGGUGCCCAUUGGGGAGUACCAGGACGUGCCCGACCUGGUCAGGAGCCUGGACCACAUUCCCUUCAGUGCCGGACCCACUCUGACUGGCAGCGCCUUGCGGCAGGUCACCGAGCGUGGCUUUGGAAGUGCCACCAGGACUGGCCAGGACCGGCCGCGCAGGGUGGUGGUGCUGCUCACGGAGUCGCGCUCCCAGGACGAAGUGGCUGGCCCCGCACGCCAUGCCCGGGCCCGAGAGCUGCUCCUGCUGGGCGUGGGCAGCGAGGCCGUGCGGGCGGAGCUGGAGGAGAUCACCGGCAGCCCGAGGCACACGGUGAUCUACUCAGACCCCCGGGACCUCUUCAGCCAAGUCCUCCAGCUGCAGGGGAAGCUGUGCAGCCGGCCGCGGCCAGGCUGCCAGGCCCAAUCGCUGGACCUCAUCUUCCUUUUGGAUGCCUCAGCCUCUGUGGGCCCCGAGAACUUUGCUCACAUGCAGAGUUUCCUUAGAAGCUGUACCCUUCAGUUUGAUGUGAAUCCUGAUGUGACGCAGGUGGGCCUGGUGGUGUAUGGCAGCUGGGUUCAGGUUGUCUUUGAGCUGGAUACCCACAUGACUCGUGCGGCUGUGCUGCGGGCCAUGAGCCAGGCCCCUUACCUGGGUGGGGUGGGCUCAGCUGGCACUGCCUUGCUGCACAUCCAUGACCAUGUGAUGACCAUCCGGAGGGGUGCCCGGCCCGGCGUCCCCAAGGCCGUGGUGAUGCUCACAGGUGGCAGAGGAGUGGAGGACGCCGCGGUCCCUGCCCAGAAACUGAGGGACAACGGAGUCUCCAUCUUGGUUGUGGGCAUGGGCCCUGUCCUGAGAGAGGCACUGCGGAGGCUGGCUGGGCCUCGGGACUCCCUGAUUCAUGUGGCAGUGUACACGGACCUGCGGUACCACCAGGACAUGAUCAUGGAGUGGAUCUGUGCAGAAGCCAAGCGACCGGUCAACCUCUGCAAACCCAGCCCAUGCAUGAAUGAGGGUGCCUGCGUCCUGCAGAAUGCGAGCUACCGCUGCGAGUGCCGGGGUGGCUGGGAAGGCCCCCACUGUGAGAAUCGGGUCUUGAGAGGUGAUGCCCCCCAGGCACACAGCGCCCACCAAGAGCCUGCAGGAGGACAGCAGCCACAUCCUUCCCAGCAAGCCUGGGGAAGGCUGGCACACCCUGGGCACUAA